AUGCUGCCCACCGGCGACUCCCAUCAGCCGCUGCCAGCGCCGCCGGCCGUGCGCCAGCUUGACGACCUCCCGUCCGACGUCCUGUACAAGCUCCUCGCUGGCCUCCCGGCCGGCGACGUGGUCCGCACGUCGGUGCUGUCGCAGGCCUGGAGCAGCCGCUGGGAGUCCGUCCCCGACCUCGAGAUCGACCUUGACGACCGCGUCCGCGACUGGGAGUCCGCGGCGGGAUUCCUGGAGCAGUGCGCGGCCCCUGUCCGCGGCGUCAGCAUCCGCGGCAUCCCGCUGCGCCUGUCCGACCGCGCCGAUGGCUGGGUGCGCACCGUCGCAGGCAAGAGCCUGCGGUCGCUGUCCCUGGCGCUGGACAUGACCCCGCUCCCGUCCCUCUUCGCCUGCAACCCCGCCGCGCUGGCCGAGCUCAAGCUGGUCACCUGCGUGCUGCCGCCGCCGCCGCCCGCCUUCACCGGGUUCCGCGGCCUGACCGCGCUGGACCUCGACUUCGUCCUGUUCUCUGGUGAGAAGGGGUGGGAGCGGCUGGAGGCCAUGAUCUCGGCAGCCGCGCCCACGCUGGAGAAGCUGCGGCUGGCGAACAUCGGUUUCCACGAUGUCGCCCCCGGCGGGGGCCUCCCUGUCCAUGGCGCGUGGAUCAUCCAGGCGCCCAACCUCCGGUGGCUGGAGCUGCGCCUGACGAUGGCCGGCGCCGGCUCCUGGGAGCUAGGGCACCUGCCCAAGCUUGACUACGCCAACAUCACGCUGAACGCCCAGGAGCCGAGGGACUACGGGAGCAUGCUCGCUGCCCUUUCUAGCGUCAGGGAGCUUGAGAUCGGCAACUUUGAUUGUGCUACGUUUCAGGCAGUUUAG